CUACGUCAAACGAAACCGGUGGCUUUCCUGAAAUGCAACAUCAGAGAAACAUUAAAACAUGUAGCACUUAUAGAAGUAAUGAACGGUUUGUAUGGCUAUGGAGGGGUCGAAAACGAAUCAUCUUUUUUUCUCAAGCAUCCAGCGACUGAAUCGUACAUGGGUUUAGGAAGCAUGUUAAUGGAUUCAGAUGAGACAAAGAAUGUCCUCUGUAUCACUGAUGCUCCUCCUGACUUAAAGAGUAAGGUGCUACAAGAGGUUUGGGCUUCCCAGUAGAUGCUGCCAACCCCUGAGUGAGAUUUGUGGAUGUCAUACUUAAACUAACUCAAGUACAGUCUUUGCAAUAAUGGCACUCCUUCACGGUUACUCCAUUAACUCGACCGCGGAUGACCAGGACAGUGACACUGCACCAUUUCUAAAGAAGGAAGUGGAAAAAAUCACAGUGCCUCCCAAAUGCUGCUCUGUACGAUGCAAUCUGGCUGCUAUGAUGUUCUUUGGCUUUGCUGUGGUCUAUGGUCUACGUGUAAAUCUCAGUGUUGCCAUGGUUGCUAUGGUUAAUGAAACCAAUGACCAGUCAUCAUCCAAUAGCAAUAUAUCAAACGAGUGUCCAGUACCCACCCAUACACUUGACAGCAACAGCCAAAGUUUAGAACAGCCAGAUGGGAUUCCAAGAUACCCAUGGAAUCCCAAGAUGCAGGGAAUGCUGCUCAGUGCUUUCUUUUUUGGAUACCUGUUUACUCAGAUCCCGGGAGGCUACCUAUCAGGUCGCUUUGGAGGAAGCCUGUUCCUUGGAGGUGGUGUGCUUGGAACAGCCGUCCUCACUCUCCUCACUCCACUGUCAGCACAACUUGGAGCCAAGUGGCUGUUUGCCUUGCGUGCACUUGAGGGAUUUGGGGAGGGUGUGACUUUUCCUGCCAUGAUGGCGAUGUGGGCCCGCUGGGCUCCUCCAUUGGAAAGGGCUCGUCUGAUGACGUUCUCAGGUGCAGGAUCUAGCUUUGGUGCCUUUGUGGCUCUUCCUCUCACUGGCUUCAUCUGCCAUAGUCUGGGGUGGCCAGCGGUCUUCUACUCCUGCGGUGGUGUCGGGUGCCUCUGGGCAGUGUUUUGGUUUAUCUUGGUGUCAGAUGAACCCCGAACUCACCCAAGAAUUAGUGACAGAGAGAAAUAUUACAUAAUUAACUCAAUAGGUGCACAGGGGACGCCACAUGGUUGGUCAGUGCCUGUAUUAUCUAUGCUGUUCUCUGUGCCUCUUUGGGCCAUAAUCAUCCCACAGAUGUGCUCUAACUGGUCUUAUUACACGCUCCUCACCUCACUUCCUACCUACAUGGACACUGUGCUCCACUUUGAUUUGCGACAGAAUUCGUUCCUCUCCGCUCUGCCGUAUCUGGCUGACUGGCUGUUCUCAGUGGGCUCAGGUGUGCUUGCAGACAACCUCCUGGAGAGGGAGCUCCUGAGUGUCACAGCUGUCCGAAAACUCUUUACUUUUAUCGGUCUGUUUCUACCUGCUGUUUUCCUGCUUGCUGUAGGCUUCACGGGUUGUAGCGCUGUGCUGGCUGUGACAUUUCUCACUUUGUCCAGUGCAUUUGGGGGAUUCAGUGCUGGUGGUGUCUUCAUUAACCAGAUUGACAUUGCUCCACGGUACGUGGGUACACUUCAUGGAAUCACAAACACUUUUGGGACCAUCCCUGGUGUUAUUGCACCAAUUGUAGUGGGUUACUUGACCAAAGAUCACUCAGUUACAGGAUGGAGACACGUGUUCUGGUUGUCUGCAGGGGUGAGUGCCUUUGGAGCCAUCUUUUACGUGAUCUUUGGCACUGGAAAGAUUCAGAGCUGGGCAAGGACAGAUGAAGAAUCUGACACCGAUACACACAAUUAAACACUCCAGUUGACCAAUUCGGAGGGAUAUGAAGAAUGCCUUUGAGUUUUAUCCUAUACUCAAUACAUGCUACCAGCCAGAAGUUUGGACAAACUUAAUACUUUUUCAUGAUUAAAAAAAUAAAACAAGUGUUAUAAGUGUUAUAAAGACCAACAUAAAAUAUACCUACUUUAUAACUUUUUUUUUUAAUAAAUGGACCAGAUUUUAUGGUAACUACAUAAUCCCCAUAUGUUAUUUUAUAGUUAUGAUUACUUUUAUAAAAAAAAGGGAUAGCAUGUCCAAACUUUUGACUCUGAUAGUAUUAAUAAUACUUCACUCAGGGUUUUAAAAGGGCCUUAAAAUGUGUAGUUUAUUAGUCUGGCAAUAUUUAUUCAUUGCCGAACAAUUCAGAAUUAAUCAUAAUACAGUGGAAUGGAGAAUUCAGAGUAAUUCCAUGUCUUAAUUUCAUUCAGUCUUAAUCUCAUUCAAUUAAAAAAAAUAUACUCUACACAAGUGUAAUGUUUACUACAAUGGUGAAACAGAACAGAUUUAGAGGUUUUUUAGAGGUUUAUCUAAAUUUAAUUACAUUUGAAAAUACUUGUUAAUAAGCACUUUAAUGCAUUAAUAAAGAAAAUAUCUUACUUCUUGGUACCAGUGCUGUUCAGGUCAUUUUAAACUUGCUAAUGAAGUAACUUCCAUUAAAGGGAUACUCCAUCCCAAAAUAAAAUUUUUGUCAUUAUUCACGUUAUAAGCUUCGUGUGUCUUCGGAACAC